UGUACGUGUCGGAUACUGCCCUUUACGGUGAUGGGCAGCUGCCCGUAAACUAGUCCCCCACCCCACCAGUCUGGUAUUAUGUGGUCUCGCCCAUCCAACAAAGCUUCAUUUUUAUGGGUCCUGUGCUCUGAACGACCUAAGAUUUUAUUUCUCGUAUAUUAUCUUCUCUUGUCCCCUUCAAAUUGAAAGAUCGGGUUUGAGCUGCACACAGUUUUGGGUAUUCUCAUUCUUAAAUUCUGGAGGCUUUGAGCUUCAAAGUAGUUUGACCAAAAAAAAAAAGCUUCAAAGCACAGAGAUUACUGAGAAAAAGAUUGUGAAAUUGUGAGACUUUUAGUUGAAUUUAGGCUUCGUAAUGGCUGGGAUGUGUUAUGGAGUUGUCGGCGGCGAAACUGAAACUUCAGCACCGGUUGAGCCGAGUUCGAAAUCAGCGAAGCGUCGGAAACUGGAAAUUCAUCAAUUCAAGUUGGUUGCCGCCGAUGUAGCUAUACAGCCACCGGAAGCUAGUCGGAAGAGACCAAAACUAGAGGCCAUGAGUCUGUCAGUUCCACCACCGCCGUCGUGCGAUGACGCUAUUCACAAUUGUGAGGUUAGUGGAAAUGAACUUGCGAAAAAUGGUGAAUCGGAGACACAGUCUUUGAAUCGGUGUGAGACUCUGUCUUCGUCUGUGAGAGUCGAGCGUGAAGUGGCUUCAGAGUGCCCUAAGUUUGGGAUGACUUCUGUGCGUGGAAGACGGAGAGACAUGGAAGAUGCAGUGGCGAUUCAUCCACUAGGUAGUAGAAAUCAUCAGAUUGCGAGCGAUUUACAUUUCUUCGGCGUUUACGACGGCCAUGGUUGCUCACAUGUCGCGAUGAAGUGCAAGGAUCGAAUGCAUGAGAUAGUGUUAGACGAAUUCGAGAAAAGUGAAGCUUCAUGGAAGGAGACGAUGAUGCAGAGCUUCUCACGUAUGGACAAGGAAGUUAUAGAAUGGAGCAAUGGUUCAACCAUCUUGAGCUCGAAUUGCAGGUGUGAACUUCAGACUCCACACUGCGACGCAGUUGGAUCCACCGCGGUCGUUGCUGUCGUGACUCCGGAAAAGAUAAUCGUCUCCAAUUGCGGUGAUUCUCGUGCCGUGCUUUGCCGGAACGGCGUCGCCAUCCCCCUCUCCUCCGAUCACAAGGUGAGUCUUCAUCGUUCAUAUGUCCAAACACGAACAUCAAUUUCAAUUUUUAUUACAGUUUUGGUUGUGUGGAAUUCAAAUUUUUUUGCUUUGGUAUAAAUCGCAGCCUGAUCGGCCAGAUGAGCUUAGCCGUAUAGAAGACGCCGGCGGUCGAGUCAUAUACUGGGACGGUCCUCGAGUUCUCGGAGUCCUAGCAAUGUCCAGAGCAAUAGGCGACAGUUACCUUAAGCCGUACGUGAUUUCAGAACCGGAAGUAACCGUAACGGAUCGGACGGCAGAGGACGAAUGCUUAAUACUAGCAAGUGAUGGGCUGUGGGAUGUGGUAUCGAACGAAACUGCUUGCGGCGUUGCGCGGAUGUGUCUGCAAGCUCAGAAGCCACCAUCGCCACCGCCGUCUCCGGGAAGCGAUGUGAAUGUGUCCGCAUCCGGAGAGAGCUCGGACAAGGCUUGCUCUGAUGCGUCAAUUCUGUUGACCAAGUUGGCCUUGGCAAGGCACAGCACCGAUAACGUCAGCGUCGUCGUUGUGGAUCUUAGGAGAGGCCUAUAGCUACGUGGUGUGGAUUCUAUUUUUCUUUUUCUUUUUUUAUUUGGCCUUUUUUUCUUAUAAAUCAAAGCUUUGUAUUGAUGUACUGUCGAAGGACAAUCAUGAAAGAUGGGGAAAAUUUUUAAUUGGUAAAGAUUUCGGUUUUACAGAUGGGUUUUGGUUUAACCGUGGAG